CUUGUGCAUAGGGGCAACUGCAUUGACAGCAACAGGCACGAUGCUGAUUGCAUACUUCAAACAUAUUUGUGGAAUGUUUAGCAUAGCAAGUUUCCGUAUUAAGAAGGCAAUGGCGAUUAAUAUGCAACAAGAUGUUAAUGAAGAAAAAAUGGUUAUAAUUUAUAAAAGAAUGAUUUAUGCGAUAGAUAUACAUCGCAAAGCUACCGAGUUUUCUCAAGUCUUUAUAAAAAGUUUUGAAGGAUCUUUCUUCUGUUUAAUAGCGGCUGGGGCGGCUUUUAUUAUAUCACAUAAUAGCACAGGGCAACUUGUAUUACAAUUUAUAUACAUAAGUGUUCUCUACUUGUACAUAUUUUUGUCUAAUUAUACCGCACAAGAUAUUACAGAUCACAAUGAAUACGUAUUUGCUACAGUAUAUGAUGUUGAAUGGUAUGUGGCUCCGUUACACAUACAGAAAAUGAUGUUAUUUCUACUGCAAAAGGGUACAAAAGCUUUUCAUUUGAUUCUCGGUGGUAUAUUCAUUGCGUCUAUGGAAAGUGCUGCUACGUUGAUGGGUACUUCAGUAUCUUACUUCACUGUUCUCUAUUCUACAAGUACAAAAUAAUAAUUGCAAAAUAAUUAAGACAGUUUACAACGUUUUUGACUUCAAAAUGCACUGCAGAUCUCAUUAUCAAUGUUCUGUCCUCAGC